AUGGACCGCAGGUGCGGAAAGGCUCCCCGGAAACCUUCCAAGGCCGGACCUGCCACCUCCCGGGUUUCGGAGCCGGACCCGUCGGGCACCCAGAUGGAGCCCUGCGAGCCUGCGCCCGCCCCCCGGGCGGAGCCGGGCCCCGGCGCGCGGGUCCAGGUCCCGCGUUCCCUCCGGACCGAGGCGCCGCCAGGUGGCUGGAAUCCCCGGCCCGUGCUGGACAGGCUGAAGCUGAACCGCCAGCAAAUCUCGGCGGCCGCCGUGGUCGUGAACAAGGUAGUGGAUCGCCUACUUCGGAGGCUGCAGGACCGCGAGUCCGAGUUUAAAGGCGUCACCCUGCUACGCACGGGCAGCUACUACGAGCGCGUGAAGAUUUCUUCGCCUAAUGAAUUUGAUGUCAUGUUUAAAUUGGAAGUCCCCAGAAUUCAGCUAGAAGAAUACCCCAACAGUGGGGCUCACUACUUUGUAAAGUUCAAAAGAAACCCAAAAGGAAAUCCUUUGAGUCAAUUUUUAGAAGGGGAAAUACUAUCUGCUUCUAAGAUGCUGAUGAAGUUUCGGAAAAUCAUUAAGGAAGAAAUUAAAAAUAUGAAAGAUCAAAAUGUCAGUAUGGAGAAGAAAAAGCCAGGGAGCCCUGCUGUAACACUUCUUAUUGAAAUACCUGAAAAGAUAUCUGUGGAUGUAAUCCUGGCUUUGGAAGCAAAAACUAGUUGGCCUGCUAACACCAAGGAAGGCCUGCUUAUCCAAAAUUGGCUUGGAAAAAAAGUUAGGAAUGAUUUAAGACGACAGCCAUUUUAUUUGGUACCCAAGCAUGCAAAAGAAAGACACGGUUUUCAAGGAGAGACAUGGCGGAUAUCUUUCUCUCAUAUUGAAAAGGACAUUUUAAAUAAUCAUGGAAAAUCUAAAACAUGUUGUGAAACCGAUGACGUGAAAUGUUGCAGGAAAAAAUGCCUAAAACUAAUGAAAUACCUUCUGGAACAGCUGAAAAAGAAGUUUGAGGACCGCAAAGAGCUGAAUAAAUUCUGUUCUUAUCAUGUGAAAACUGCUUUCUUUCACUUGUGUUCCCGGUACCACCUGGACAGCCAGUGGGAUCCCAAGGAUCUAAAGCUGUGCUUUGAUAACUGUGUCACAUUCCUCCUCGAGUGUCUCAGGACAGAAAAUCUGGCGCAUUAUUUUAUUCCUGUGGUCAAUCUAUUCUCUCAGGACAAAAUUGACAACGUAAGUAGAGCGUUUCUGUUAGAACAAAUUGAAUACGAAAGAAACAACGGGUUUCCAGUUUUUGGUGAAUUUUGA